AUGUCCACCUCCUCCUCAGAAUCAUCCUCCCUUGUGCAUGUGCUGCCUCCCGACCCUACUCCUUCUUCUGCUCCCAGUGCCAUAUCAUCCUCCCCCGACCCCAUUGACCACGACGACGCCCUCCCUACUCACCAAACCAACCAUCAGAACCGCCGCCUCCUGAGCCCCUCGCCCUUACUAUUACCACCGCCUACCGCACCCUCUCCUGGACACGCGACCACAUCGACUACCGCGGAUGACCCCCGGCCACGAGACCUCGUCGCUGCCGAUCCCGCCCACGCUUCUCCGCGCCUGGGCUCCUCCUACUCCUCCUCACUUAACCCAUCUCCUUCUCGCCAACAUCAAUCUCCAGCCGUCGUCGCCGUUGCCGAUCAAGACGAAUUCGAGAUGGAACCAUUGAAAGGGGCCGGUCACCGCCGGCGCCGGAGCAGUCUGAUGCAGAGCGCCGGUGCUAGCAAUCACAGCCGGGUUCCUUCACGGAGCUCAGGGGGAAAUCUGCUUGAAGAACCCAAGAUCUCGGAAGAGGACCUCGACAACACACCGUCUGGCUCAAAAGAUGUCGACGACGACAGCUUCUCCGACGAAGAUCUUCAUGAUGACGAGGAGACGGGUCUGACGAACAAGGACAAGAGGAGAAAGAAGAAGAAGAGGAGGAACAACACGCGGUUGGAUCAGAGAAUCGUGCGAGGAGGAGGCAUUACCGAGGAGGAGAAAAAGGAGGCCGAUCAAAACGUGGUAAAAACAUCGUUGGUCAAUAUCGUGUUAAUCUUGCUGUGGUACAUUUUCUCCCUCAGCAUUUCCCUGUACAACAAAUGGAUGUUCGACAAGGACCACCUCAACUUUUCGUUCCCAAUGUUUACGACGGCGUGCCACAUGUUGGUGCAAUUCGCUCUGGCGUCAUUAGUACUAUUCUUAAUACCCUCCCUGCGCCCGUCUCAUGCGCAGCGCCACUCCGAUCUGGGUCGCUCGAGGCACGAGUCUGAGCCGGAACGGCCGCUGAUGACCAAGAUGUUCUAUCUGACGCGCAUUGGCCCAUGCGGUGCCGCGACGGGUCUCGAUAUCGGGCUCGGCAACACUUCCCUCAAGUUUAUUACUCUCACAUUCUACACCAUGUGCAAAUCAUCUUCCCUAGCGUUUGUCUUGAUCUUUGCCUUUUUGUUUAGACUCGAGAAGCCGACAUGGCGUCUCGUUGCCAUUAUCGCGACCAUGACUGCCGGUGUGGUUCUCAUGGUUUCGGGAGAAGUCGAGUUCAACCUUCCCGGCUUCAUCCUCGUGAUUUCUGCCGCGUUCUUCUCCGGUUUCCGCUGGGGUCUGACCCAGAUCCUUCUGCUCCGCAACCCGGCGACCUCAAAUCCCUUCUCCAGCAUCUUCUUCUUGGCACCGGUCAUGUUCCUCACACUGAUCGUCAUCGCUAUUCCUCUCGAGGGCUUCCCGGCUCUUUUCAAGGGUCUCGAGCUCCUGGUGAACGAAUGGGGCGCGUUUAUGACCCCUUUAUUCCUCCUCUUCCCCGGUUGCAUUGCCUUCCUGAUGACCGCUUCCGAGUUCGCUCUGCUGCAGCGUACCUCGGUCGUAACGCUCUCCAUCGCCGGCAUCUUCAAAGAAGUCGUCACCAUCUCCGCCUCGGCCAUCGUUUUCCACGACCGCCUGACCCCCGUCAACUUCGUCGGUCUCAUCACCACCAUCGGCGCCAUCGUCGCCUACAACUACAUCAAGAUCACAAAGAUGCGCGAGGACGCCCAGAAGGAGGUCCAGCGCGACCACAUGGAGGCCUCCGACUCCUCCGGCUCCAGCGGCAGCGACAACGAUGAGGGCGGCGAGGAGACGGGUCUUCUGCGGAACAGCACCGACUACGAGGACAACCUUGUCACCGCCGACGGCGACAUCAUGCCGAACCCGGGUCACACGGCGCAAGAGUCGAGGACGGCGCAAGCCCACCGCGAUAACUAG